CCUGGUCGCGGAGCGGUGACGUGCUUGGAUCAGACUCCACGUCACAACACACACAGAGACGGAAAGGAACCGGAGACAUGGCGGAGAACGGGGAAAGCCAGGAGGAGGACGGGACGCGGCUGUUUGCAGGAUUGUCCGAUGUGUCCAUAUCCGGAGACAUUCCCGUGGAGGGAGAGAUCACAGUGCCCAUGGCCUCCCAGUCCCCGGACGACGAUCUGUCUACAUUGGACGAACCCGUAAAAGAUACAAUUAUGCGGGACCUGAAAGCUGUGGGGAAAAAGUUUUUCCACGUCAUGUACCCUAAGAAGAGCACAGCCCUCCUGAGAGACUGGGAUUUAUGGGGCCCUCUCGUGCUCUGUGUCUCACUUGCACUAAUGCUACAAGGUGGUUAUGCCAACAGCAAGGACGACGGAGGACCCCAGUUUGCUGAAGUCUUUGUAAUCAUCUGGUUCGGAGCCGUGGUCAUCACACUGAACUCCAAGCUUCUUGGGGGCACCAUCUCCUUCUUCCAGAGUCUGUGUGUGCUGGGGUAUUGUAUCCUGCCCCUCACGGUGGCCAUGCUGGUCUGCAGGCUGCUGCUUCUGGCCAGUGUAAGCACGGUGACGUUCAUCCUGCGGCUGGUCGUGGUCGUCGCCAUGUUCGCUUGGUCUACGUUCGCCUCAACUGCCUUCUUAGCGGACAGUCAGCCGCCCAACCGCCGAGCCCUGGCCGUCUACCCCAUAUUCCUCUUCUAUUUUGUCAUCAGCUGGAUGAUUCUGACCUUCAACUCCACUUCCGGGUAGUUCCGAAGUUGGGAGAGGGGAGG